AUGGCCAUCAAGUUCCCAAGUGAAGAGGCUGGUCUGCCGAAAGGUUUCGAGACUGUCGACUCAUUACCCCAAUCGGAAUUAGUCAACAAGUUCUUCAUAGCCACACGCUUGCUUCAAGCACCGCUCGAGGAGCUGACAUAUUCUAUCCUUGGGCUACUUAAGCCGCUGCGAAAUUCGGUAUUCCGAGGUGAAACUGAUCCUUUUGUGAUCCCCAAUUUGCCUGGUGGGAUUGAAUUGACAAGAUCCCAGCUGCCUGAUUUUGUCAAGGACAAUGUUUUAAAUGACUUGACUCAGUUGCUGAAAGAGGCUAGGGAAUCGGAGUUGAAGAGCUAUGGAGUUGUUGUUAACAGUUUCUAUGAGCUCGAACCGGUUUAUGCAGAUUAUUACAGAAAUGGGUUGGGGAGAAAGGCAUGGCAUAUAGGCCCGGUUUCUCUAUGCAAUAAAGAGACAGAGGAGAAAGUACAGAGAGGAAAAGGAGUGUCAAUUGAUGAGCAUGAGUGUUUGAAAUGGUUUGAUUCAAAGAAACCAGAUUCAGUUGUGUAUGUCUGUUUUGGGAGUGUGGCCGAUUUCAAUUCCACUCAGCUCAAGGAGGUUGCUGUGGCUCUAGAAGCUGCUGGGCAGGACUUCAUUUGGGUAGUGAGGAAAGGCAAAGAUGAGGUGGAUCAGGAUGAGUGGUUGCCUGAAGGAUUUGAAGAGAGGAUGGAAGGCAAGGGAUUGAUCAUCAGAGGUUGGGCUCCUCAGGUUUUGAUUCUGGAUCAUCCAAGUGUUGGUGAGUUUGUGACUUAUUGUGGGUGGAACUCCACAUUGGAAGGAAUUUCUACAGGGCUUCCUAUGGUGACAUGGCCUCUGGCUGGUUUUGAGAAAGGGUGGGUUUUCUCACCUAUCGUUGGUGAGGAAGAGCUCAAUGGUGGCUGGCAUGGAGCAGGAGAAGGAGGCUUUGGGAGCGCGGGGUCAUUUUGA